UUGCACAUUUUUUCAUUCCAGUACUGGGGCGAAGUGUAUCCCUGCGCUGUGAUCUACAAGGACACAGGAAUGUGGAUAGUUUGUCCAGAAUAUAGAGCAAACAAUACCCUGGAGCAUGCCGUCAUUCACAUUGAUGCUAUCUAUCGUGCUGCCCAUCUUAUUCCUGUGUAUGGCACAGAAUUCCUGCCGCAGGAGCUCAAGUUUUAUCAUUCCUAUGACGUAUUUCAGACUUACUAUGUCAAUAAAUAUGCUGACCAUCAUGCCUUUGAGAUUGCAUUUUGA